AUGGCGGUGGGCGGAGCUGGGGCGGCGAUGGCGGGCGUCCAGGCGGGAGCCGCGCGAUCCCGAUCGCUGUUCCUGUGGGAUGACGGGCAUCCUAUGAGGUUCUACCUGCGGCCCGGCCUGGCCAAGCUGCGCCUGGCGCCCCUAGUGCUAGCGGGCGGCGGGCGGCUGUGUCGGGUGCAGGAGCCGGGGGCCGUGCUCCUGGCGCAGCCCGGCGAGGUGGCUCCCGACGGGGCCGUCUCAAUCGAGUACGUGGCGGAGUGCGUGAAGCGCAAUCAGCGGCUGCCGCUGGAACCCUUCCUGCUGGCAGCCCGCGGCCGUCUGGCUUUCACGGAGGCGGAGGAUGCGGCGCUGCUCCAGGCGGUGCGCGGCCAGGGCAUGGUGCGGGUGAGCGGCCGUGCGCUGUGGAUGGAACUGGAGCGGAGCGGCCUGACGCGGCACAGCUGGCAGGCCAUGCGUGACCGCUACCUGCGGCACCUGCUGCCGCGGCUCUGGGAGCCCCCGCAGACGGAGGAUCCCAUGCAGAUCAGGGGUCUGUUCGCGGCAGCUAAUCGGGAGUUCGAAAGCACAGAGUCAGAAAGUGACUCUUCAGAUGUUGCAGAACUUCCUACACAAGAUGGAGUGAGAAGGUCCCCAGGAGAAACAGCAUCUGAGCUAAAAAUUGGGCCAGAGGACUCUGCUUUCCCUGACAUUCAAUUACAAAGGCAAGAAAGACCAAAAAGCACUUGUUCUUCUUCGAAUGUGGUGGAACAGGUAGUAAAAACUAUGGAGCACUUCAUGGAGAAGUUUGCUGUGGACCUGCUCACUGUUACACAGGCCUUUCUGAAAAACAGCGGUGACGUGGAAGCUACUUCAUACUUUCUGCAGACAGGGCAGCGCUUGGAUGGGUACCCUGUAUGGAGCAGAGAAGAUGAUUUAGAAUUGCAAAAGGAUGAUGAACAUGUCAGAAAUAAAUUGAUGGCCAAAUUUGGAGCUGAAAAUGUAGCAAAGCGGAUAGUGUUUAGGGAGAGUUAACAAGAGGACGUUACUGAUCUACUACAGUUGCAUAAACGUAAUAGUCAUUUCAGAAACACAGUGGAAAAUUUGAUCAAAGUUUCAGAAAUGCUUUAAUUUUUUUUGUAUUAAAAGGCCUAUUUUGCAUCUCUGCAGAUCUAAGAGAUGCAGCUGCUUUAAUCAAAGUAAAGCUUAUACCAGGCCGUAUAUAUUCUAGUUGGGAAAAGUAGACCAGCUUCAGGGCUAUGAGUAAUAGUUGAAGUAGGAAAUGAAAGUGAAGAGGGAAUGAUCAGAGGUUAUGUAUCUAUCACCUAAAUUGUGUUUGAGAGAGAACACUAUUGCUGGGAUACAGUCAUAAUCUGAAAAACUCAGUACUUUUAGCCUGAAAUUGUGCUCUGGUUACUUACCUUAAUAUUAUUUGAAGUGUGUCCUAAAAAUCUGGAAUUCAUUCUUUUGGUGAAAUAAAAUGGGCUGGUAAAGGCGAAUUUUUUUUUUUUAACCUCUCUAAAUAGUUAACAUUUUGGGGUUUUAGCAUAUUGCACUGUGGCACUCAGAAAAUUAAGGUGAAAUGUGAAAUGGCUGAUGUUAAGCCAAAUUAAAAUUAUACUGAAAAUAAAAAACUAUAUAAUGAGACUGCUGCUUCAGGAAGCCACUGUAACACCUACUGAUUAUUCAAGGAGUUAACCAAUGUAACCAAAUAAAUGCUAAAACGGCACUACACAGUGUUUAACUGGACUGAAAAAGUGAGAAUUAUUUGGCACAGUCAUGCUAUUCAGACUUUGAACAGUUAUUUGAGAUUUGUGUGGAAGCCAGACAAGCACUUAAGGAGAGAGUGCAAGAGAAUAUACCUAAUAAAGUAAUUGUGUUUUACAUUA